ACUCCCAUCUGCAGAAAAUUACCUUCAUCUCUGAGGAACCCUUGCUGUUUCCUAUACCUCCAGCAUCAUGGUUUCUUAUUCCAUGGAGUCUCUCAGUGUCCUGGGUUCCCUCCUGUUGCUUGGAUUCCAGCUCGUCUGCCCACAGCCCUCUACUGAACACAGAAAGGUCCCGCAGCGGAUGAUGGCUGCGGCAGGCGCCCCCGAGGACGGCGGCGGUGGCGCUCCGGGCGUGUGGGGAGCCUGGGGCCCCUGGUCAGCUUGCUCGCGCAGCUGCAGCGGCGGCGUGAUGGAGCAGACGCGGCCCUGCCUUCCAGGCUCAUACCGGUCGCGCAGUCUGUCGCGGUCCGGCGCCCCCGCGCGACCCUUCGCGGGACACGUCGUGUCCGCCGUGCGUACGUCUGUGCCACUGCACCGGAGCCGCGACGAGUCCCGCACCCUAGCCGGCCUCAACGCAGGUCGCCAGGGCCCCGCAGUGUUGCGCGGCAGCCGGCACCCGCAGGCCCGGGGCCAGGAAACCGCGGCGGAAAGAAGGAGCAGGACCCGAGGCCCCAUUGGCCCUGGCAAGUAUGGCUAUGGUAAGGCCCCAUACAUCUUACCACUGCAGACAGACACUGGACACACGCCACAGAGGCUUCGGAGACAGAGACCUUCACCUCGACAUUCCAGGUCCCAGGGGGCAUCCAGUCCUAGACAUGGCUACGGUCUGCCAGCCAGCCAGGACCCCCAGCAUAGCUCUGUGUACCAAAGUGACAGUGAUCCUCUCUCUGGACUGCAGACCUCAGAAGCUUCCAUCUACCAGCUGCCAUUGACCAAUGACCAAGGCUUCCCUGCAGCCUCGAGUCUCUUCCACAGCCCGGAGACAAGCAACAACAAUGGUGUGGGGUCCCACAGGGCUGCUCAGAGUUUCUCGCAGCCUGCCCGGUCUACAGCAAUCUCCUGCAUUGGGGCCUAUAGACAGUAUAAGCUGUGCAACACCAAUGUAUGUCCAGAAAGCAGUAGAAGUAUCCGAGAGGUGCAGUGUGCAUCAUACAACAACAAGCCAUUCAUGGGACGCUUUUAUGAAUGGGAACCAUUUGCAGAAGUAAAGGGCAAUCGGAAGUGUGAGUUGAACUGCCAAGCAAUGGGCUACCGCUUCUAUGUACGACAAGCAGAGAAGGUCAUUGAUGGCACUCCUUGUGACCUGAAUGGCACAGCCAUCUGUGUGUCUGGACAGUGCAAGAGUAUUGGCUGUGAUGACUACCUGGGCUCCGACAAAGUCGUAGACAAGUGCGGGGUAUGUGGAGGUGAUAACACCGGCUGUCAAGUUGUGUCAGGCGUGUUUAAGCAUGCCCUCACUAGCCUGGGCUACCACCGAGUGGUUGAGAUUCCUCAGGGAGCCACAAAAAUCAACAUCACUGAGAUGUACAAGAGCAACAACUAUCUGGCCUUGAGAAGUCGUUCUGGUCGCUCUAUCAUCAACGGGAACUGGGCAAUUGACCGGCCCGGAAAGUAUGAAGGUGGAGGGACGAUGUUCACCUACAAACGUCCAAAUGAGAUUUCGAGCACUGCAGGAGAAUCCUUUUUGGCGGAAGGUCCCACUAAUGAGAUCUUGGAUGUCUAUAUGAUACACCAGCAGCCUAACCCAGGAGUCCACUAUGAGUAUGUCAUCAUGGGGAACAACGCCAUCAGCCCACAGGUGCCACCUCACAGGAGACCAGGGGAACCCUUCAAUGGCCAGCUGGUACCGGAUAGGAGCCAGGACAAGGGAGAAGAAAAAGAGAGGAGCGAGGAGAAGGAAGGUGUGCACAGCGAGGCGCCCGAAAUAUUCACCCCAGAAUCAGCCCAGACCUUCCCUGUCAGGCAGCCAGAUAGGUUUUCUUCCCAUCGACCAGACAAUUCAGUGCCACCAGCAGCACCACAGCCCCCGCGGAGAAGCCGAGAUCACAACUGGAAGCAGCUGGGGACCACAGAAUGCUCGACAACCUGUGGGAAAGGAUCACAGUAUCCUAUUUUUCGCUGUGUGAACCGAAACACUCACAAAGAGGUCCCGGAGAGCUACUGUGACUCCAGCAUGAAGCCGACCCCCGAGGAGGAGUCCUGCAACAUCUUCCCUUGCCCAGCUUUCUGGGAUAUCGGGGAAUGGUCCGAGUGCAGCAAAACCUGUGGCCUGGGCAUGCAGCAUCGCCAGGUCCUGUGCCGCCAGGUGUAUGCCAACCGCAGCCUGACAGUGCAGCCUUACCGCUGCCAGCACCUGGAGAAGCCUGAGACCACCAGCACCUGCCAGCUCAAGAUCUGCAGUGAGUGGCAGAUCCGCACGGACUGGACCUCGUGCUCAGUGCCCUGUGGAGUAGGACAGAGGACUCGAGAUGUGAAGUGUGUGAGCAACAUCGGGGACGUGGUGGACGACGAGGAAUGCAACAUGAAGCUCCGGCCCAAUGACAUUGAGAAUUGUGACAUGGGGCCCUGUGCAAAGAGCUGGUUCCUCACAGACUGGAGUGAAAGGUGCUCAGCGGAGUGUGGGGCCGGCGUGCGGACACGCUCAGUGGUGUGCAUGACCAACCACAUCAGCAGCCUGCCCCUGGAGGGCUGUGGGAACAACCGCCCAGCAGAGGCCACCCCUUGUGACAAUGGCCCCUGCACUGGCAAGGUGGAAUGGUUUGCUGGGAGCUGGAGCCAGUGUUCCAUCGAGUGUGGGAGUGGAACCCAACAGAGGGAGGUGAUUUGUGUUAGGAAGAAUGCAGAUACCUUUGAAGUGCUGGACCCCUAUGAAUGUUCCUUCUUGGAGAAACCCCCCAGCCAGCAAUCUUGCCAUCUCAAGCCCUGUGGGGCCAAAUGGUUUAACACAGAAUGGAGCAUGUGCUCCAAGAGCUGCCAGGGCGGCUUCCGGGUCCGAGAAGUGCGGUGUCUGUCAGAUGACAUGACCCUAAGUAACCUCUGUGAUCCUCAGUUGAAGCCAGAAGAGAGAGAAUCUUGUAACCCUCAGGACUGUGUCCCUGAAGUGGAUGAAAACUGCAAGGACAAGUACUACAACUGCAACGUGGUGGUCCAAGCGCGACUCUGUGUCUACAACUACUACAAGACUGCCUGCUGUGCCUCUUGCACUCGAGUGGCCAACAGGCACCCAGGGUACCUGGGGAGCAGAUAA